AGAGAAUUAUGCGCGUUAAAAAUGCAUUUAAAGUAUUUAUGUUGUGUUUUGUCCUCAUAUUCUUCGCGAUUUUUGUUUCGAUGAUGCUUUACGGCGGAGAGAAUUAUGAUGGAGAUAACCAUGUCUUUCAACCACAUUAUGAAGACCCAGAAGAAUUAAAUCCAGAUGAGGAGAAAAAGAAGUCGGAAGAAAAAAUAACAGAACCAAUCAUUCUUUGGUGGACUCCAUUUACCGGGGAACCAGGAAGGUACAAGAAGUGUGGAAAUGUUAAGUGUUACUUCACAGUUAACCGACAUUACAGGAAUAAUCCCCAGACAAAAGUGUUCAUGUUUUAUGGAACAGACUUUAAAUACUUUGAUUUACCACUGCCAAGAAAACCACACCAUGAAUGGGUCCUUCUUCAUGAGGAAUCUCCCAAAAAUAACUUCCUGUUCUCCUUUGAGGAAGUUAUGACUUUGUUUAACCACACCUGCACAUUUAGGAGAGAGUCAGACUACCCUAUCACCACACAAUACAUAGACAGUGCUGCCUGGUUGUUCAGCUCCAUGUUUCUUCUGUCAGCCAAAGAGAAGACAGAGCAAUCCAAAGCUCUACACUUAGCCCCUAUGAUCUAUGCACACAGUGAUUGUGGUACACCGUCAGACAGAGAUGGCUAUGUAUAUAAACUGAUGAACCACAUAAAGAUUGAUUCAUUUGGCUCCUGUCUACAUAACAAAAAAUUACCUGAUCAUCUUAGGGAUCCAUUAAAAGGAAUGUUUCAUGAUGAUUUCUACAAACUUAUUGCUAAGUAUAAAUUUGCUGCUGCGAUGGAGAAUGGUAUAUGUAAUGACUAUGUGACGGAGAAGCUGUGGCGACCAUUGUUUGUAGGAACAAUUCCUAUUGUCAUUGGUUCACCACGAAUCAAGGAUUUGCUUCCCUCCAAUAAAUCGGCCAUCAUUGUGGAUGACUUUAAUUCAAUAGAGGAUCUGGCUAACUACCUGAAAUUCUUGGAUGAAAAUGAUGAGGAAUAUGACAAAUAUUUGGAAUGGAAAAAAACAGGAAUAACAAAUCAGUAUUUAUUAAGAAUUCUUAAAGAAAGAGAGUGGUCAAUUAAUGACUACACCAGCAACAAUGCAAUAAACUUCAUAGAUGGAUUUGAGUGUUUUGUCUGUAAAAGAAUACAUGAAAAUAUACAACGUGAGAAAAAGGGGAAAGAAAAAUUAAAAUUUCAAGCUACUGUGGAUCAUUAUGGGUGUCCUGCUCCAUCUAAGUUUGAUGACCAAGGGAAACGGACUUUAAAAAAUGAUGACUGGGGUUAUGAAUACCUCAACAGUAAAUAUUAUGCCAAAGCAUUAAGGUUUCAUUUGGAUAUGAAUAAAACUAUAGAUCGCAGUAGUAUUGCCAGCACUGCAAAUCGUUUCAGAGCAGCGGGGGACCUUAGAUGACUGUGAAUGAACCAUAUCUUAGUUUUUUUUGAAAAUUAGUUCCUUCUUGUCAGAUUUCUUUAAAAUCAAAGAAAAGCUAUCAAAGAUUUGCUCAAAUAUUUAUUUUUAGUGUAUUUCAGAAACUUUGAUAAAUUUGCUGUAGAGAACUAUUUGUCAUUAUACAUAAGUAUAUACACCUUUGAUCUGAGAUCAGAUUUCUCUAGAUAUGUAUUUUUUUUGUUUCAAGUGUUUACUUAUAUAUCAGAAACAAUUAUUUGUUUAUUGCAUUGAUUUCUGUAAGAAGUACAUGUAGGCUGUCACAUUCAUAAAAGAUUUUAAAACUUUUUAGUUUAGCUAACCUGAACUGAAAGCUCUAGUGAGCUUUUCUGAUCACCCGUUGGCUGGUGUUCGUCAGUCUGUCCGUCUGUAAACUUUUCACAUUUUCUAUUUCUUCUCAAGAACAACUAGGACAAUAUUAACCAAAGUUGGCAGCAUUAUUGGGUCAAGUGGAUUCUAAAUUGUUCAAAUAAAGGGCCUAGCCUUAUAUCAAGGGUAGGUAACCAAGAAAAGGCAACAAUAGAGUGGUGUCAUUAAAAAAAAAACUUCUUCUCAAGUACCACUGGGCCAGAAGAGAUUAAACUUACAUGGAAGCUUUCUAAAUUCUUCAAAUAAUGGCCCCCGGGGGUAGAGUGGGGCCCCAAUAAGGGAUCAGAGUUUUACAUUGAAAUGCAUAGGAAAAAUUCUUUAAAAAUGUUCUCCUCAAAAACCACUGGGGUCAGAAGAGAUGAAACAAGUGAGAGCUUCCUGAGGUAAUUUAAAUUCUAAAUUGUUCAAAUGAUGGCCCCCAGGGGUAGGGUGGGGCCACAAUAGGGGAUCAAAGUUUCACAUUGAAAUACAUACGAAAAAUUCUUUAAAAAUCUUCUCAAGAACCACUGGGCCAGAAGAGAUGAAAUGUAUGUGAAAGCUUCCUGAGGUAGUGUAGAUUCUUAAUUGUACAAAUUCUUUCAAAAAUGUUCAAAGUUUUAGAUAGGACUUAAAAUAGGAAAUAAAGUUCUGAAAUUUUCUGAAGAACCACAAUUGCACCACACAUGUGAAAACAUUCCUAAGGUAAGCGGAUUGAUUUUUUUUUCCUUUAAAUUAUUCCCCAUGGGUUGGAGUUAGCUAAAAUGGGGAUCAUAUUUUACAUAAUGCAUGUAUACAUGAAAGGAAUUUUCUUCUCAAUAUUUUCUAGGCCAAGUUAAUCAUAAUGAUAUUGAAGUACAAGUAUUCCCACAUUGUAUGGAUUCAGAGACCCUUACAGUGGGGCUAUAAUCUGGGGUCACAUUUUUUCACGGGAAUAUAAUUUUUUUGGGGGAAAUAUGAAGAACAGCAAGGCUAAAGUAGGCAGGUGAGCAUUGUUGCCCAUGGGCCUCUUGUUGAAAUUACCUUCCUUUGGUGUAACGGUAUUUUUGUGCAUUGUAUUUGGCUUCAGUCUUUUUUUGUACAGAAUUGUUGCUUAUGAAUUGACCUUAUCUUAAUGGCAUUGUUUAAUAAAAUUUUUGAAAUCCAUUACUUUAAUGCUACAUGUAGGCAUUAUAUUCAUUCAUUAAUUCAUUAAAUUGACCUCAUGGUCAAGAUGGCUGUAUAAUAUGUAUUUGCUUUUAAAAUAUCCUAGCUUAUUUUGUUGUUUGUUUUAGCUUUGCUUGUUUGUUGCUGGACUAUGUUCUGUGUGUGUUCAUGUCUCUCUUAAAGAAUGAAAAAAUUAGAUGAAAAGCAGAAAUCCAGAGCUUUAUGAUUUAUGGAGAGAAUUUGGCUUGUAUGAGUGUGCACUGCAACGUCUUUAGUUUUAUUUUAUUCUGCUUUAGUUAAGUAUUUGUAAUAUAUUUUAAUUGAUCUCAGGUUCUUUUCCAUUCAUGGAUGGUACUGAUUUUAUGCACAUCAAGAUAUGUUCUAUUUAUGUACAAAUAUAUUUAUCAAUAAAUUUUUU